UUAUUUUUUUAUAAUUACGCAGCAAAUUGGUGGUCGACUUUUGGUGCAUUGACUCCUAACUUGCAGAAAAUUGCUAUGAAGAUCCUCUCUUUAACUACUAGUUCAUCGGGGUGUGAAAGAAAUUGGAGUACAUUUGAAGGGGUGCAUACAAAGAAAAGGAAUAGACUAGAUACACAUCGAUUAAAUAAUCUAGUCUUUGUUCAAUUCAAUGCAAAACUGAUGAACAAGAAAAAUAGGGAGAAAGAGAGGAAUAUUGAGGUUCUUCUAGCAAGUGAUGCAAGUUCUGCACAAGAUCGGAUUGUUGAUGGGGCUGAUGAUGAAGUUGAACACGACACGGGCAUGACUUGGAAAGUUGUUAGUGAUGCUAUGGGAGCAGAUGAAGCGCUUAGGCUUAGAAGAAGUAGUAGACUUAGAGAACUUGAUGAGGAUGACUUUCAAUCCGAGAGUGAGGAGGAAGUGAGUGUGUAUGAGUUUGAUUUUGAAUCAGACGAAGAGCAUGUCAUAGAAGAAUAUGGAGAAGGAGAGGAAUUGUCCUAAGGAUUUGUAGUACAAACUGA